AUGAAUUCACAAUAUCGCACGUUGGAAGAGCUGACAGCAAACCUUGAAAGCUGCCAGAUUAAUACAAACGCGACAGAUGAUUUCUUCAGUCACGGGUUUAUUGCCAAUCCCAUUGGCUCAUACCAAAAUUUUCCGAGUCAGGCGAUCAUCGAUAAUGUUACACCAGGUGCUGUGCCUGUACAAUUGGCUUCCCCUGUAGGCUUGUCUCCACCCAGUAAUUUCACGGAGCAUCAAUCAUGGGACAACUUUGUCACGAGUCACGUCGCUCCCCCAACGGUCGACACACAAAUGGCAUCAUUUGUUGAAGCCUACCUUGUCCGUCUUCAGGCGGUACACGGUCGACAGCUGACCGUUGGCGAGGCAAUCUCAAUUAUCAGGUAUUACCUGCAGGUAGCUCACCCUUCCUUGCAUCACGAUGCACAAUUCGGACACUUCGCAUCUCCGUCGACACCACUUGUCGCUCCUGUCGAAGUUUCUCCCGUGUCUUUUGACGUUGUGGACAUGGGUCCAGGAACCGGCGCAGGUAUUUCCAUGGAAGGAUCGGUUGUGUCUGACACGGAAAGCGCUUUUGGGAUUUACGACAUGAAUUCUCUUCGUCGUAUCUUUGUAGAAGAAGGCCGGUUCAAGGUAGAGUGCUUGUGGCCCAAGUGCGGGAGGAUAGUGAUGAAAGACAAUCACCCCCGGCAUAAUAUCUCGUCUUCACCUCAACCACGCAUUAAUACAAAGGCGACCAUCGGCUACCGGGAACGUGUACGCAUAGGAAACUCGCUCUGUCUGGUUAUUUGCAAGUUCAAGCUGACUCCGUUGGUGCUACACUCGAUGCAUCACUUUGGCAACCGGUCUACUAAAGACGCGCCUUGA